GCAGUGCAAAAUGAACAGGGCUAAAGUUUUGCAGGUCUCUCUGUGUUGUGUAUUGCUGUGGCUACGCCCCGGUUCUCAGGCUGUUCCUCUGGACUGCAAUGAUGGGACCAACUGCAUUUCUAUUUCUCCAGAGAAACUUCUUGAUCGUGUCAUCCAACAUGUAGAGCUCAUCUACAGGGUCUCUGAAGAGUCCUGUACUCAGUUUGAGGAAAUGUUUCUCCUGUACUCUCCGAAUGCUUUAAGAAGUCAGGGAGGAAACAUGUGCCACAGCAAGUCCUUCCCAAUCCCAAACACCAAGAGUGAGAUUCAGCAGAUAUCGGAUAAGUGGCUCCUUCACUCAGUUUUAAUACUGGUGCAAUCCUGGAUCGAACCGCUGGUGUAUCUGCAGACUUCUCUUGAACGCUAUAAUUCCCCCGACAUACUGCUUAACAAGACCAAGUGGGUGUCUGAUAAACUCCUCAGCCUUGAGCAGGGGGUGGUGGUUCUCAUCCGCAAGAUGUUGGAUGAAGGAGUUUUGACGUCGUCCUACAACUUCGAUAAUUCGCUGAAUGCGUACGAAGUACAAACCAUGGAUGAAUCUGUCCUUAGGGACUACAGUCUUCUGUCCUGCUUCAAGAAGGACGCUCACAGGAUGGAGACCUUCUUAAAGCUUCUCAAAUGCCGUCAGAGCGACGCGCUUGGCUGCGCUUUCCACUGAAUGACUUCCCAAAUGCAUCAUUGUAGUAGCCUAAUAUAAUACAAGCUUUAUCUGAAGUGAGACGAUG